CACGGGGGCACGUCGGCGUGCGGGGGUCACAGCGCCGCGAAGAUGGCGGCGUCCGGGUGGGUGCUGGCGCUCCUGCUGGUGCUCUGCGCGGCCGACCUGCUGCUCGGACCCCGGGCCUGCGCGGCGGAGGGUCCGGCCCGAGCGCCCGGUGAGGCGCCGCCGCCGCCGCGGAAGAAAAAGGACAUCCGCGACUACAACGACGCGGACAUGGCGCGGCUGCUGGAGCAGUGGGAGAAAGACGACGACAUCGAGGAGGGAGACCUCCCUGAGCACAAGAGGCCGGCGGCCCCCAUCGACUUCACGCAGAUAGACCCGAGCAAGCCCGAGAGCAUCCUGAAGAUGACCAAGAAGGGCAAGACGCUCAUGAUGUUCGCCACCGUGUCGGGGAACCCCUCCGAGAAGGAGACCGAGGAGAUCACCAGCCUCUGGCAGGGCAGCCUCUUCAAUGCCAACUAUGACGUGCAGAGGUUCAUCGUGGGCUCAGACCGCGCCAUCUUCAUGCUGCGGGAUGGGAGCUACGCCUGGGAGAUCAAGGACUUCCUGGUGGGGCAGGACCGCUGUGCCGAGGUGACGCUGGAGGGCCAGGUGUACCCUGGCAAGGGCGGCAGUGGGAGCGGCAGCAACAGAGACAAGAACAAAACCAAGCCGGGCAAGGGCCGCAAGGAGGGGCCAGCCCCGGCCUCCAUGGGCAGCAACCGAGCUCGGAGCAGAAAGGAAGACUUAUGAGGGCCUGGCAGCCCUGGACAUGCAGCUGGGGGCCCACUUGGCCCUACUGAUAUUAACUGGACCCAGGGGUGCUCAGGUCAGACACACCUUUCUGAGAACCCGGACUUAACGGCCACAGACUCCAGGCCCCUGACUGAAGUGAACUUGUCGUGGGGGCCCAGCGUGCACAGAAAUGCAAGACAGGACACUGCUGCCGUCACCUGCCUGAGACCUUCAGUCUGGGGGCAUGGCCCCACGUCUGCACCUUGGGGUCUGGGCAUCUCAGUUGGGGAGGAAGCAUGCCAGUUUGGGGGCUCGUGGGGGGCAGCCCUCCCUGACCAAGUGCCUGCCUUCUGCGUCCCCUGUGACCACCGUGCACCCUACCCUGGCUCUCCCUGCAGGGUCUGUGAGAACGUCACUUGUGAUGUCAGCAAUUAAAGUGUACACAUUUACACAUGGCA